AUUUACGGCUGUCAAUUGGAGCUUCUUCUGUUAUAGUUCGCCUGCCAACAACAUAUACAUUUCGAGCACCAUGGAUGCAGCUCCGAAACUAGAGAAUCUCAGGAAAAUCCCCUCUGCGCGUCUCCCUCCCCCGGUCCUCUUUCAAGGCCCACCUACUUCCCAUAAUGGAUCUAACAUAUCUCUCACACCUCCGGUGCCCCCUGUUUCUCCAGGUGGAGGGGUUCAGCGUCCUGCGCUACAACGGAAUCGCUCCUCUCGGCAUCAAGGCGGCCUUGAGACUCCAGGCUCUCUUUCGCCCUUUUUAUCUCGUACACAGUCAAAAGGCGAAAUAGAUCGCUCGGACGCCAUCUGGCAAGAAAUGCAGAAUGCCUUGUCAGAGGUCGAGCUGAGCGCGGUAGCGAGUGAACAUGUUUUUGGCGAGAAGCACUCUGAGGCCCUUGAAGACCUGCGAACGAAACAGCUGAAGCUUGCACAAGCCUGGGCUAGAAGCGAAGCUGAUGAGGUAGUUGAUCCGAAGAAUGCCGCUACCAAGAGUCAGUCGAGACCAAGGGUAUCCUCUCGAGCCGCCAGUCCCACAGGAGAGCCAACCGCAACGGACGAUGCCUCCCAGAGGAACCUAGAUGAGGAAACAGAAAAGGACAUUCUUCUGGCGCGCGAGAGGCGUGAAGCGAAUGAUCGCUAUUUCGAUCGGGUCAACAACGGUGUGUUGGAUGUGGUAGCUAAGCUUGAGGAGGUUGCUCAAGCUAUGCGCGCCGUGGAGAGGGAGAGCAGAGACAUAUGGAGUGAUAAUGAAAGCAUAACCACGGAGACCGCAUCAACGGCUAACACUGGAUGAGACUGUCAGAAGCCUAUGAAAAAUUGAUCAUCUGUGGACACCGUACAAGGCCUCUAGCCCUGUGGCUUGAAAUGUAUUACGUGCCAUUUUGACUGACAGUCAACGGGUACAUUCCAUCAAUUCCACCAAUGCCCUGCAUUGGCGGGGUUACUACCACUUACGAAGCAAAUGGGGAUUCUAUCGUCCUGGUAGUGUUGCUAUCACCAAAAACCAUUUGCAGUCU